AUGUCUACCCACCCAGUUGUUUUAUGGGCACAAAGGUCCAGUGAGUCUGACCCCACGAAGAAUAUUUUGUUCUUGACGAUUGAGGUUCAAGACCCCGUCAACACGAAAGUCGAUUUGACCAACUCGACGUUGAAGUUUUCUGCCGACUCAAGUGAUGGCAACAUCCAUUAUGACUUGAAUUUGGAUUUUUUUGAUGAAAUUGACCCAGAAAACUCGAGAAAGCAUGAAGCAGGUAACCAAAUUCGAUUCAUUUUACGUAAAAAGAAGGCUCAAGCUGACUUUUGGCCCCGUUUAUUGAAGGAGAAAUUAAAGUUACAUUACAUAAAAACCGACUUCGAUAAGUGGGUCGAUGAAGAUGAGCAGGAAGAGCAACCUGAUGAGGAUGAGAUGAUGAACUUUGGUGGAGCUCCCGGUGCUGGCGGUCCUGGUGAUUUGGACUUUUCCCAAUUGCUUGGAGGUGGUGCUGGUGGUGCUGGUGGUGCUGGUGGUCCCGGUGGCAAUUUUGAUAUCAGCCAAUUGGCUAACCAAUUGGGCCAGUCUGGUGCUGGAGAACUUGACCCUGAAUCAGAUGACGAUGAUGUUGAGGACGAAGAACAAACUAAAUAG